AUGGGUAUUUGCCUAGAUACAGACAAAAACAACACUGCGUCCGACAUAGAGGACCCAGACUGGAAAGGCGGUGGGCCGAGCUCGCGUUCCGCCGUGGUACGCACCCCAAGGAGUGCUAUAGCAGGAAUGCAGAACACCGGCAAGGUGAAAUUCGACCCUCCGAAAGUGCCCGUCAUAUUCGUGCUCGGUGGCCCCGGUAGUGGUAAAGUAACGCACUGCGAUACUCUGAUGCAGGAGCGCCGCGGUGUUACGCACAUCAACAUGAUGGAUCUGCUCCAGCAAUACGCCAUAGGGAACGAUAUGCAAGACUUCUCCCAGCUUUCCUCGCGAACGGUCACCGAGGUUCUGAUGCUGGAAAUGAAAAUGUCACCAGCUGCCAAAACCUAUCUUGUCUCCGGAUAUCCACGAUCGAUGCGGGACGUCGUCGAGUACUCCGAAAAGAUACAGGUAAUCAACGGUGUGAUACUCAUAUCCUGGCGGCAGGCCAUACUACAAAAGCAAAUCGAUUAUGGUGCCAAGCUGGGACACGUGGUGCUCUCGUUGGCCAAGAUGGAGCUGGACAACUUCUUCAAACACGUGAUGCCCGUGGCGGACUACUUCGACCAGAGCGACAUGCUGAUCGCGAUCAACGGCGAGCGAUCGCCGUCGGAGGUGUACAAAGACUUUCGCACCGCUAUCCUCGACAUACUCGGUGCGCAAGAAAAUCAGGAAGCACUGUUGAACGGAGUCGCAGGUAUGGGCAGGGGCGUAGAUGACAUACCCGGCAGUAUAGUUAGUGUAGACACGGCACCUAGUCAAACUAAGGUCAUUGCAGCUCCCGCACAUCAAGUAGAAUUAAACCAUACUCGCACGCCUCCGCCCCCAGCAAACGGUGUUCGGCCGAUGGUUGCAGCUGAUCAGAUGGCACGUCCUACGUCGCACGGGUUGCUACAGCGGCAACAGUCACGCUCCAGCUUACACCAAACGGCACGGCACAACGAGACCAGCGAGACGGCCACCGUAGGUGGAUACCGCGAGGUAUCGGCCGAACGUCUGCGCCACCGUGGUGCGGCUCCACCACCCAUCAUUUGGGUGAUCGGAGGUCCUGGCAGCAAUAAAGCCACACUGUGCAUGAAGGCCGUCGGUCUCAAUGCCGGCUGGGGUCAUUUCAGUGUUGGGAGAUCUCUGCGCGCUGUAGCUGAGUCAGGUCCUCGAGUGGGCUCAGACAAUUACGCCGUGAAGGAGGCAAUAACUGCGGGCGAGAUGGUACCGAAGAAAUCACUCGAUGCGUUGAUCCAGAGUCAGUUGGCUCAGUUAACCGAUAAACGAGGUGUCAUCAUCGAUGGAUACCCACGGGAUAUGGACCAGGUCGCCGAUUUCGAAAGGAAGUACAAUCAAAAGCCCCCCAUAAUUCUGCUGGACUGCUCGAAGCUACAGCUGGGUCGUGGCCGUCUGGAUGACACCGUGUCGUCAUUCCGGCGCCGGUUGGAGUUGUUCCGGGAGCUAACGCUACCCAUGCUGAAAGAGAUGGAUUCCGCAGGUCGGCUCACCAUCGUUGACGGUGACACGGAUAGUCCGUCCGUGCAGCGUGAGUUCGAGCGGAUCGUUCGCGUUAAUAUGGAGCGAGUGUUGAACUCUGAUGUGGCCACGAACGACCCCGGCAAGGACGACAUUCCACCGGUGCAGAUAGGAACCUUCAAGCACGUACUGCAACGGAACCAGCAGCAGUCCAGCAUGGAUGCGAUCGUGCACGAUCUGGACACGGAUAUGCCCGGAGCUGUUCCCACGAUCAGCCAUCACGUCAGUCUUGCGAAUGGACAUUUGCCAGGCAGCGGCAAGGCAGGACCGGCAAAGAACGGCUACAUCCCGAACGGUCGGCCAAACUUCCGCAACAUGCUCGAGGAAGCGGAUAGCUAUCCGAUAGAUUCGCACAUUUAG